GGGAGGGAGCAACUGCUUUGUAUCUUCGGUUGGCAGAGAGGGUGGGGGGUAGGAGGAGGAAGGGAGAAUGAGCUAUUCUUGCACCAGCCGGGGCAACAGCCAGGACCCGUCGAGCGCCAAGGAGCCUGUCGCUGGUAAUCCGGCCAGAGACGCCGGCGGAGACGCGGACAGCGGCGGCAGAGACGGCCCGAGGCGCACUGCGGCGAUGAGGGUGAAGAAGGGAUGCAACUCGACCGACGUGGGGGUCCCGAUGACCACGGAGGAGGACCUGCUGGCCAGCGCGGUGGUCAGCCCGGAGGAUGUGCUGGGUCUGCAGAGGAUCACGCAGGAUUAUCUGUGCAGCCCGGACGAGAACAUUUACAACAUCGACUUCACCAGGUUCAAGAUCAGAGACAUAGAGACGAGCACGGUGCUGUUCGAAAUCACCAAACCUCCCACAGAUAAAUCAGGGGAGAAGAGGGACAUCGACCCGAACGCCGGCCGGUUUGUCCGUUACCAGUUCACCCCGGCUUUCCUCCGGCUGCGGCAAGUUGGAGCCACCGUUGAGUUCACCGUCGGAGACUUGCCCAUAGAAAACUUCAGGAUGAUCGAGAGACAUUAUUUCAGAGAGAAGCUGCUCAAGAGCUUCGACUUUGAGUUUGGCUUCUGCAUGCCGAGCAGCAAGAACACCUGCGAACACAUCUACGAGUUCCCUCCUCUGUCCGAGGACGUCAUCCGGGAGAUGAUCCUGCACCCGUACGAGACGCAGUCCGACAGCUUCUACUUUGUGGACAAUAAGCUGGUGAUGCACAACAAGGCAGACUACUCAUACAACGGUGGGACGUAGAGGCGACACACACACACCGACGGGAGAAAGAUGGACGCACGGACGGUCCUGAGGGAGGAUCAGAGUAAACUGACAGUUGCUCCAAUCGUCUCUCCUUCUCCGUCUCUGUCGCCCUCUGAGAGAAUUCCACAGAGGAAACACCCAUUCAAAUGUGUCAGUUGAAUUGUGAGUUGAGUUUGUCCGAAGCCUGAAAAGACGUCCGCACAACCACACACAUAGUGCAGGCUCGGUGCGACGUGUGUGUUUGUAACAACGUGAGAAACAACGGCUUUUGCUCUUUAGCCACGACAUGAAGCAAAAAACUGGAAAAAAUCUGUAUCUUGAAAUAUUGAUAGAAAUUAUUUGUUUCAUUGACGUACAUGUUAGAAACAAAUCAUCCAAAAACUUGUGUUUUUAGGACUUAGUUUCAACAAGUUUGUGUGUGUGUGUUUGUGUACUAGAGCUGGGUCGAUUUCUGGUUUGGUUUGUGAUCAUGACAGGUUCUGGCAAAUUAAAAAUGAACCUACACCAGCAAACUGUGCAGACAGCCUCUAACCACCGUUAAUCCUGAAAAGUAGGACAACAUAAUAAAUAACACUUGUAUGGUGGAGGGCACACCUCCGCCAAUUAGUCCCCUUAUGAAACCACGUUAAGAUUCUCUAGCAUCAGAUGUCACACACUCAUAAAUAUCAGAAAGUGAGAAGCAUAAACACAUCCAGGACGGUAAGCCAGAGUAGUGUGAUGCUCAGUUUUCAUGAUUCAGUCUCAUUUAACAGCUUUUUAACAACUGUAUUAUAGUUACGUUAAAUAAAAUGAGAGGCCUCCGAUGAAAGACGUGUGGAAGUGAAAACACUUAUUCUGUAUUCAUCUUUCUAUCUAGUGUCUAUUAUGGUUUUGACCAUGUUGGAAUUUGUGUUCCAUGUAGCCUCUGCUGGAUAAAGAGCGACAACUAAUGGUAAAAGGCGUUACACCGGUCUGGUGUGAAUUUGACUCAUUGUUUCAAAUCGGUUGUUUGGUUUUUACAGAGCCCAACCCUACUGCACAGUGUGUGUGUGUGUGUGUGUGUGUGUGUGUGUGUGUGUGUGUGCAUCUGAAGUCUGAUUACUGUGUGUGGUAGCAAUAUAUGAACUUAAAUGUCAGUUGUGUGGUCAUCAGGUUUAAAAAGGUCUAAAUAGAUUUCAAUCUGUUUGCACAUUUUCUCCAGCAGACAGUAAAUUAGCUAUUAGUUAAUGUUUCCUUUUUAGGUCUGUUCUUUAUUUCUUAUUUCUCAAGUUGUGGGACCUGUGUUGACCGUGUGGGGACCAGCGGUUUGUGUUUACUGUCACUGUUCAAAGCACAGCGACUCUCUGGAGCCGCAUUGUCCAAGUUAACAUAUCGCCUUUCAGGAACUUUACAAGAAAAGAAAAUGUAGCCGAAGACUCUCAGAGAACAAAUCACCCCCAGAUAUAUAGAUAUAUAUAUAUAUAUAUAUUGUGUGUGAUGUAAGGUCUAUUUCUACUUUAAUUCUUGUUUCAUUAGAUAAUUUUCUCAUUUUUUGCGUUGAUUCUGCCUCUCAUACGUCAUUUUUGGUCAGGAAUCGUUCCUGGUGUUUUAAUCUGCUGUUAUUUUAGGGCAGUUAUUUAUUAAUCACCUUCACAUCAUAAAGAAAAUCAGUAACUAAACUACCAAACCCAUUGCACGCACAUUGCAAAUAGCUUACAAAAAACAUAUUUUCCCACUAUUACUUGAACGUGCCUGUUUGAUUCAUUCAUUGAUUCAAAGUUAAUAAAGUCAAACCAAGGGUUGGAGACACAUUAGCAGCAAGAAGUAGUGAAACAGGCAGCAGGGAACUCAGGUUGGCUCGGGUCCACUUGAAUGUGCAGCAGAUGUAUUUAUUACCUACUUUGACUUGUGUAAAUAUUUUGAACCGAGGUCAAGUUUUUGACGAAUCAAACGUUGAUGAGAUGAUUAAAAAAUAAACA